UGCUAACGCAUAAUUCCUCUGGCCGGCAGAAAAACAACACAGGGAAUUACUCUAUUUCCAACAUCGUAGAACCUCGUAGGACGACAAAAACAGAGUCUAUUUGGGAAGAUUUGUACAGAGAAUUUAUUGGACCACGCUUCUAAAAGAAGUUACAAUGAGACCGGACGGCCGGGCCGUGGUGCCGGGGCGUUUCUGUGUCUUUCUGGCGGCAUUUGUGGCGAUUCUUGGCGUGUAUGUGCCUCGUCUGUGCGCGGGACAGCAAGAGUUUGUGGCAGAACCGUUUGUUCCAAACAAGGAGCCUCCCGAAGUCCAGAAAGAGGAAGACCACCUAGUCGACGAGAAAGUGGCGCAGGAAAAACUGAAGGAAAUUCGAAAUCGUGCCUUUGGUGCGGGGUAUCUGGCCAUGGCGCCCAAGAUCUUGUGUGCCAACAGCCAGGAGAGGGUUUUCAUCACCUUUGUCAACUUCUCGCAGCCCGUGGACGUGCAGUUUGCGGUCAUGGAGAAUGACGAGGUGUCCCUGGUCGUCACUCCGCUCAAAGUCAUCACAACACCCUGCGGAUGUGUGGAGAUUGACCUGCCUCCCAUUGACAAGCCCAGGAUGACCGUCACCCUGGUCAUGUACGCCAAGAGGACCUUGAUGCAGUGUGAGGAGUUUGAAAUCGUGGACAGUAUCAAGGUCUACCUGGACGCCUGCAACUCGGAGACCUUCAUUGAGACGGACAAGCCCAUCUAUAAACCAGGCCAGCAUGUGCAAUUCAGAGUCCUAACAUUGCUGUCGGACCUGAGGCCUGACAUGAGUGAGGUCUCCAAAAUCUGGAUCGAGUCCCCCUCUGGCAUCCACAUGGCCCAGUGGCUGGCUGUCAAGACCAAUGAUGGCCUGAUUGACCUGUCCAUGCCCAUGUCCACGGACCCACCCAUGGGAGACUGGAGGAUCAAGGUCCGCCAUCACGACCGAGAAUUCACGCAGACCUUCAAGGUCGGCGAAUAUGUGCUACCCAAGUUUGAAGUCAUGAUCAAAGGGCCGGAUUAUGUGGUAGUCCCUGGUGGCGAGGAAGAAAUCACCGUUUGCGGCAAAUACACCCACGGCCAGCCCGUUAGUGGCUCAAUCAAACUUCACAUCUCUGUAUCAUCCAAUAAAAAUGUAGCAAUGGACCAAUUUGCUAGGAACACUAACAUUUAUGGCUGCCAUGUCUUUGAAGUCGACUUGUCCGAGCUUCAGUGGAAACAAGUUGGUUAUAUCAACCCCCACUACACCAAACUGACCAUCAGAGCCGAGUUUGAAGAGGCUGCAACACGCACUGUGAUUGAGAAGACUGUGGAUGAUAUUGUGAUCAGCCAGAGGCCAUUUGAGCUCAAGUUCUCUGUUCCCUCCACCUUCAAGCCAGGUCUUCCAUUCUCGGGCAUGCUUCUGUUCAAUGACCCGAGCGGCAAGCCGCUGGCUGGGGAAACAGGCGAAGUCAUCGCCCAGGCGGGCCAGCCCGAGGACCUGCUGAGGAAGAUCGUGAUCAGCAAUGACAGGGGGAUAGCCUUCUUCACCAUCCCAGAUGUGCCACAGGAUGCCGACUACAUCUCUCUGCAGGCCAGCUCACUGGGCUCCGACCCGCAGAGCACCUCUCACACCUACGGUCAUGUGAAGGCCCAGUUCUCCCCGUCCAAGAGUUUCAUCCACAUUGACCCGGUUGACGAGAGAGCAGAGGUUGACUCCUACCAGACCCUGACUAUCCGGAUGACCAGCCAAGAGCCCGAGUACAACGGGGUCCAUCUUCACACCCUGAUGAUGGCACGAGGCAACAUUAUCCUAGACGUGCAUUCCAUUAUUCCACCUGAAGAAAUCGAUGCAUUUCACCGGCCUGGCCAGUAUGGGAUCUAUCCUGUCAAAACGGAUGAAAUGGGCAUGAAAGAAUAUGCCCACAGCCUCCACAUGCUACCCAGUGAUAUCCCCAUCCACAUCCUGGAGAAAGGCAAGGUGAAGACCACCCGCCGUCGGUUCAAGGUGUCCUACGAGAUGUCGCCCGCUGUCACCGUCAUGGCCUAUUACAUCCGGGACGACGGAGAGGUGGUCGCCGACACCGUGACCAUACCCGUCGAGGAAGUCUUUCAAAACCAGGUGGCAGUCAAGUUUGCUGAUCUUGAGAAGCAGCCGGGCCAAAACACCACCGUCAACAUUGAGGCCAAGCCUUCCUCUCUGUGUGCCUAUGGGGUCGUGGACAAGAGCGUGCACCUGCUUGGGGGUGACAACCGCAUCACUAAAGAAAAGGUCUUCAAAGUGCUUGAGGACCUACAGCUGUCAGCCGAGGGGGGCUCUGCCGAGCCUUACAGCAAGAAGUGCCAGGGCGGAGGAGGGUAUGGAAGAUCCUUCUUUGGAGGCUUUGCCCCUGGACCGAGUGAGCAGGACGCAUCACAGUCGUUCAAGGAUCUGGGUGUGGUAUACCUGACAAACCUCAAAGUGGAGACAGCGCCUUGUCGGGACAUGUACCCUAUAUAUUAUCGUCAGGAGAUGAUCAUGGAGGACGGGAUGGCCGCUCCCAUAGCAAUGCCGAUGCUAGCAAUGGCAAGUGCUCCCAUGGAAGCCGUUGCCAUGGCAGAAGUUGGUGGGGCCAGGGGAGGGGCCCCUGAAGUCCGUUCCUACUUCCCAGAGACCUGGUUGUACAGCCUGGUGCGAGUCAGCUCUGACGGCCAGGCCGACAUUGCCGUCCAGGUCCCCCACACCAUCACAGAGUGGGUCGGGCACGGCUUCUGCACCUCGUCCCGGUUCGGGGCCGGGGUGUCCGACCUGACCAGGCUCAGGGCAUACCAGCCGUUCUUCGUGGACAUGUCGCUUCCGUACUCGGUCAUUCGCAACGAAUAUGUUCCAAUGACUGUGGUGGUCUUCAACUAUGUCACCAAGUGCUUAGUGGUGGAAUUGACUCUGCAGCCGUCCAGUGAUUUUGAGAUUGAGGAGCAGAACCGCAAGGAGCACGUCUGUGUCUGUGGAGGCCAGUCGGUCCCCUCAUCUUUCUACAUCAAGACUGUCACAAUUGGCACCAUUGAAAUUGAAGUCCAUGCUGUGUCAGUGGAUGAUAGCGACAACUGGUGUGGAGGACAAGAAAUGGACAACAGUCAGAAUGGAUUCUCUGACGCCAUCCGAAAGCACCUGCUGGUCAAGCCAGAAGGAGUGGAGACAGAGCAGGUGUUCAGUGCCUACUUUUGUCCUGAGGAUUAUCCGGAUGACACAUACAAAGAGGUCAUUUCCCUCAGGGAUCUGCCAGACAACUAUGUGAGUGGAUCAGAGAGGGCUGUUGUCACUGUCACAGGAGACAUGCUUGGCCCCACUAUCAGUAACCUUGACCAUCUCCUGAAGAUCCCAACUGGUUGUGGUGAACAGAACAUGAUUGGGUUCGUCCCCAACAUCUUUGUCCUGCACUACCUGAAAGGUAUCAACAAGCUCAGUGCUCUUAUUGAAAACAAGGCCAAGGAGAACAUGAAGAUCGGCUACCAGCGGGAGCUGAACUAUCGGCGGAACGACAACUCCUACUCGGCCUUUGGCAUGAGCGACCCCGAGGGCAGCACCUGGCUGACAGCCUUCGUUAUGCGCUCCUUCGCCCAGGCCAAGCGCUACAUCUACAUCGACCAGGAGGACUUGGACAAGAGCACGGCCUGGCUGCGCAAGCAGCAAAGAGAUUCAGACGGAUGCUUCGAGUCCCGAGGCAGGGUCAUACACAAGGACAUGAAGGGAAGCGUGAAUGAUGUCACAACCCUCACUGCCUACGUCAUCAUCUCUCUCAUAGAGGCGGGAGUACCUCUUGAUGAUGCACAUGUACAGAAAGCCAUCGGCUGCCUGGAUGGAAAGAUCAACAUCGAUUCUGCCGACAUGUACACGCUAGCCAUAGCCAGCUAUGCCUACAUCUUAGCUGGCCACCCCAACAAGGAGGAUAUACUGGCUAGGCUUGACAUGCUGGCAGUGGAUUCUGACGACGGCCUGAGACACUGGGAGGGGCGUCCGGAACCAGUCCCCGAUGAUCGACCCCCGUACCUCCACCACCAGGCCUCUUCACAACACAUCGAGAUCACCUCCUACGUGCUGCUGACCUACAUCUGGGCCUACAGUAAGACGGAGGCACUGGUACAGGGAAACACUGUGGCCCGCUGGAUUGUCGGACAGCGCAACGCCAAUGGAGGGUUUGCCUCUACUCAGGACACGGUGAUGGCCUUGCAAGCUCUGGCUGAGUACGGCCUGAUGGCCUACCGUGGGGGUCAGCAGGAUAUCCAGCUCCAGGUCAAGUUCUCCUGCGAGCCCAACCCUCACUGGCUGUAUGUAAAGGAUCACAACCGCCUGCUGCUGCAGACCCUGACGGUGCCGGAGGUGCCCGUCCAGGUCAAGAUGAUGGCCACAGGUCCCGGCUGUGUCAUGACACAGGUGAUAGUGACGUACAAUGAGCUACCGGAAGAGCCUGCUGAGCCCCCAUUUAAGAUCAGUUUUGAGCAGAAAGAGAACAAAGACAACAACCCGACCCCUUUCAUUGGUGAUUCAACCAGUGGUGUGUAA